AUGUCAGACAACUUACUCGUCAGUGAGGUUGCAGCCACAAGGUGUUUCAGAAAGAACGUAGAGAAGAUGACUUGUGUUCAGUAUAAAAACAAAAGGACGGGGACAUUGGGCUUGUUAAAAAACGACAGAUACCUUCGUUAAAAGUUAAGAAAAAAUAAAAAUUAUAUCAAUACACCCGAACAAGCUAAAAAUAUUACACGUGGGGAGACAUUUUGUUGAAAAAAUCGGAAUGCAGUCCCUAACCUUCUACCAGUGCUGCCACGCUUCUACCCACCAAUGUCGGUAGAUCUCAAAAAAUAAAUCGGUAUUUGAGCAAUGGAAAACAAAUACUUUAUGAAGCAAUGAAAAACAAAUACUUUAUGAAUAAAUAUAUUUUAUCCAUUACUGAUCAGUUUCGGGUAUCAGAAGUACACAAAGAAUCUAAAUAUACAUUGUUAACGUAAUAAAACAAGAACAACAGAACAAUAUAAAUCGAUAAUUAUUAAGUUGUUUAGUCAUU